CUCCCGUGGUCCUUCUCGGGGCUCUGGCGGUGCGAGUCAUCAGUCAGUACCCCACAUCAAGGUGCCGAGGCCGGGGCGCGCGGCGUGGCUAUGGAACCGUCUGCGUCAGCUCGGGCUCUUGAGGAACAUGAAAACCACGCUGCGCCCCGCCUCCCCUUCCGCCCCCCACCGCAAUACCCUUUCCGCCGCCCCCUUACUCCGCCUCGCUGACGGGGGCGGGUCGAGCUGAAAGAAAACGAGACUCCGGCGUCGCUCGUGCAUGUGUGGUGCCGGGGACGGGAGGAGGCGAGGGCCGGACGUCCAGACAGACAGGCCGGCGUGGUGAUGUGUGUUGGUGUCGCCGCGGCGGUGUAGUGAUGAUCAAGUGUCCUGUGUGUUGGUAGAGGCCGGGAGUCUGUCCUCAGCAUGGCGGGGCGUCGCGCUGCCCUUCCCCUCGCCUCCCGCCUCCUGCUGGUGCUCGUGAUGACAAGGCCCGUUCUCGCGUGCUGGCCGGACUACGUGGAGCAGGGCGCGGAGCAGGCCGACGUGGUGGUCAUGGCGAAGGUCAUCCACGUGGGGUCAACUCGCGGUCACGGACUCAAUAGUUUUUAUAAUCUAGUGCGAAUACAAGUGAAAACGUUCCUGAAGGGCGAGGAAACGUGUCGGAAACAUGUGCAAAGACCGGAGUGGGAGGAGGAGGCCACGUUUGUCGAGGUGCCUGACCCUCCUUCCUCCCCGCCCACGGAUCCGCCCCUGGGUGUGGACGGCGUGUCGGCCCGGGGCACCUGCAGCGGGCGGGUGCGGGUCGGGGACAUCAUGAUCUUCUUCCUCCGCCCCAAGACCCAAACCGAGGUCAGGGAAGGUCGUAGUGCCGCGGCGACCUUCCUCGUGACCUCGCAGCCCAUCAAGCUCAACCUUCAGCUCCUGAGGUACACCCAGACUGCAGUGCAAGGUGAGUACCCGCUGGUGCUGUGUUGGUGCUGUGCUGUACUUAUUUUGUUGUGAUGUGUUGUACCGUUCUAUGCUGUGCUGUAUCGUGUUGUCCUGGAGGGUUGUGCUUUUUUAUGCUCUCCCGGUGUGUUGUGCUUUUUUAUGCUGUCCUGGUGAGUUGUGCUUUUUUAUGCUGUUCUGGUGUAUUGUGCCUUUUUUAUGCUGUCCUGGAGUGUUGUGUCUUUUCUUAUGCUGUUCUGGAGUGUUGUGCUUUUUUUAUGCUGUCGUGGUGUGUUGUGCUUUUUUUAUGCUGUUCUGGUGUGUUGUGCUUUUUUUAUGCUGUUCUGAAGUGUUGUGUCUUUUGUGUCACUUUCUCUCCUCCUCAUCUUCCUCGUCCUUCUUCCUUCUUCACCUUUUCCUCCAUCUCAGCCUCCUCCAACCUCUCCUCAUAUCCUUCCUCCUUGCUAAUAAUCAGUCCUUCAUCCCAAUGAUUCCUACUGCACCCUCACUCCCUCCUUCCUUCCUCCUCUUAUAUAUCCUUUUUCCUCCUCCAAUCCCCAUCUCAACAUGACCAAAUCUCUUUCAUACCUCCUCAGUCUUUCCUCUUUCUACUCAUGUAUCCUUCAACCUCACGCUCCCUCCUCCUCCUUCUCCUCUCCCUCUCCCAUUGCCGUGCCACGACCGUCUCUCCCACGCCUCUAUCCUCCUUGCACGUCUGUCAGCAUCCUCUUGUGUCAGUGUGGUCCGAGCUGGGUGACAGAAGGACUGGGAAGGGGAAGGGAAGGGGAAGGAAGUGGGAGGUGUGAGUGUCGGUAAAGGAUGCCAGUAGGACAAGAGGGUGUGACAAGGUUGUUAGUAAAGGGAUGAAGGGCUGGUUGUUAGUGUUAGUGAUUAGUGGUUAGUGGUUGGGGAGUGAAGGGGGUUAUAUAAAGGGGAAAAAGGAGGAAGGGAAGAAGGAUAAGUGUAGAUGGGAAAAAGGGAGGAAGAAGACUGGGAAGGAAGAGAGUAUUAUAGUAGGAUAUCAAUGUAUUAUUAUUAUUAUUUAAUAUCACCACGAAUUAGGCAUACAAUUGUCAGUGGAAAAAACCCACGACAGAUAGAUCACGCCACCUUAUAGGAAUGUCGUCCGUCAGUGUUUACCGUCUCAGUUUUGUAUACUUCGCACUCCGAUGGUGCGCAGAGGUCACCUUGACGUACGUGACAAAUUGUAACAAUUAUUUUCCAACCUGUAACUCGUCACUCCUUCACGAGAGUCCGACUGACACACAACGACAGUCGCUCUCGCUCCGACGCUUCUUGUACAUAAAGGCUACGAAUAUAAUUCGCCUUAAGGAGGCUGAAGUCUUAAUCAACACCCUUUAAACGCCCCCCGACAAGCCCGUUACAAG